UGCGCUUGUAUUUCCUCCAGCGCCCUUGCUACUGAAAAGUGUUACACAUAUGUUUACACCGUCAUACGUGGUACCUUUGUGAUGAUAUUUCCUAUUUUUCCUCAAAUGUCUUGUGGGUGAACACUGAAGAGUAUGUAAGAGCUUUUGACCCGGAAUGAAAAUGAAAGAUAUGUCUGAAGAUGAUCCAUCGAACGAGGACAUUAUUCCAUACGCAGUACAAAUAUUCUUGUGGCGACAAACUACCCCAUUCGUUCGGCCGAGGUUUGGAAAAGUCCACGAUGCAGCUUGCAUGUUCUGUCAACGAGCUCCUGGACAUCACGAAUUGAAGGAAGCAUGUAAGUCCUUCGAAAAAGUAUUGGUGCAAAACUUGAGAUUUGGAUUGACCAGCAGCUUAACUGAGGCUAUAGAAACGAUUCCACGAUGGCGCUUAAUACAAGCUGCCCUACCACACGUAAUGCAUUCACUAGCUGCUUUACUUCACAACAGAGUAAAAGACAACAUGCAAUCAUUGGGAAAUGUAGAAACAAAACUUUUAUACACAUUGCAUUGGAUAUUACUUGAUGCUUCUGAUGAAUGUGCAGAUAAUGAUUAUGAAAAUGGAAAAUUUUUCACCAAUCCAUUUCACUAUUUGUUCUCUAUUCCAGCAAUAACACUAUUUGUUUACCUAUUUGCUCCAAUAUCUCAUCACUUGAAAGAAUCUGACUUUACAACAAACUAUAGAUUAGAGAAUGGGUUGAAAUUAUGGCAAGCAAUGUGGGAAUAUAGACAUCCUGAUGCAGCAUGUUUCACCACACUUGUCAAACCUAAACCUAAGCCCUUUAGUGGGAAAUACUCUAAGAGACCACAGCAUGGUGAUGUGUUUAUGGGACGAAAAUUCUCUAAAGAAGAAGGCAUUGUAAAUGGCAGCCCUCCAAGCCAAAAUAUAUCAAUAUCUCAAUCAGAUGCACCUUCAAAACAAGCGAGUACUGAAGAAGAACCCUGGUUGUCUUCUCCCAAAGAUACUAUAUUCCCUGAGACUAUACCUGAAGAGAGUUCUAGCACAGAAGAAGAACAUGUGUUUAUAUAUCGAUUACCAUCAGAACCAAAUUAUGGCGGGUCAAAUAAAGGCUCAUACACAGUAUAUGCAGCAGAUCCAAGCAUUUUCCAGAUACGUAAGCCAGACACUCCAAAACCAUCCUUACCAGGAAUUAAACCACUUCCACAGAUUACUAAAAUGAGCUCAUCAGACAAAGAAUCUUUGACCGACAGUGGUGGAGGUCCUGGUAUAAAAGGAACACCUACAUCCAUUGAUAAAUCUCCACCGCCCAAAGAAGCUAAUGUAUCAGCUGCGACAAUUUUGGAUGUUGCUACCAUGAGAUGCUUGUUCGCAUUGCAAUGGCAAGAAGAGGGUGUUUAUUGGGCUCUGCAUUACCUAUAUAAUCGAUUAAGAGAUAUAUGCGAUGACGUAUCCAAACAAACACAACCCAGAAAACGCAGUAAUUCUUUACCUAUACCCAAAAUUGAAGUCUCCGUGUAUCAAAGUUCUGAUCUCAAAGAAAGAGAAUCGUUGAAGAACUUCAUGGAAGUCCCAGAAACAAGGGAAAUGCCCAUCACCGAAGCACCAUUCGCACAUGGCCCCAAAAUCGAUGAUGAUAAUGUUAUGAUACGGCGAGCCAGUGAAAAAAUAAAACGAAAGAUGAAAAUGUCUGAUUUAAAGGCGUUCGUUGAAACUAAAUUGCUUUCCAAGUCCGAAAAAGCUUUGGAAAAAAUUGGCCAAGAUGAACAUAAAUUUAGUUUUCACACUGCAGUAAGAAUGAUAUCUGAGUACCACAGAUCUCUGGAUCAUACUGAAGAUAGGCCUAAUUCUGCUCUGGCGAGCAAUUUCCCUCCUCUAGGAUCAAGACUGACCGGAGAUAUGUUGCAAUGUAAUCUUAUAAAAGGGAAAAGUAUGCCGAGCCUUAGCUGUCUGAUUGACGAGCUAGCCUCUAACGGAUACAUCGGCGAAAUAAAAACUGAAAGGGCACAAGGAAUGCAAACGGCAACCACGUCGAAUGUACAAAAAAAGAAAAAUCCCAUUAUAACAGUCACUGAACACACUCCGACACCAUCGCCUGAUUAUUUGUCUAAAACGAGACAGGGUUCCCUAGAAUCACAAAUGGAUUCAGUAAGCAUACAAGGUUCGCAGCACAUACCGACUCCGGAACGUAAACCAAGUCUGACUAGAUCACAAACAGAUUCCAAUAUUACCUACAUACUAGAAGAAAUACAAGAAGCACCGGGGUCGAUUAAUUAUAUUACAAAGGAAGGUGACAUUGACCUACAAAUCGUGUUGAAGGCAGUGUAUUCCGUAUCGACAAUGGACAGUUUCUACAUAACUAUAAGAGUUAUGGAAGUUAUGUUGAAUUUAGUUGACACUCUCAUGGAGAUAGGAGUUCACAAGAAUUGGCAAACGGAUAAAGCACAGGACGGUCGGCCAGAGAAUAUAGACCCGUUAGCUGAUUUCAAUAAAGAGAAGGAUUGUAAGGAAAGAGAAUCAGAGAUACGCUGCACGCAAAGCCAGGAAUCUACAAACGACGGGGAGGGUAAAGACAAGUCAAAAGACGAUGAGAAUUAUGACUGCCCGUAUUAUAUGAUCAUGCAUAUUAUAUUGAGACUCCUUCGCCAGCUGGGUUGUUCCCACGGGUGUACCACAUCUCUCCGCGGACCUCAGGCUGAAUCACUUCGGAUACAAGCCCGCAACUCGUUGCGUCACUUGCGAUCGUCUUCGGUCAACAAGUUCACGCAGCGUUUGAAGGAAAUGACGAAGUUCUCGCCGAUUCGCGAAGUUCUCGAUAAUCUGCAUGCCACCAUCGGAUUUUGUGCUGAACCAACUAUGGUUUCCCCGCUAAGUCAACAAAAACGUAAUACCAACAAAUCACCGGACUUAAAUCACUUACAAGCACAAUACGCAACUAAUUUUGGAGCAACGCACGGCGCCAACAAAACUAUAGAAUCCUUUGUGAUAGAGUCCGUUCUAAGAGUUCUUGUUACCAGGUUUGCGCUGAUGAAUAAGGAGCUUAAAAUGUUGGAUAACUCGGCUUUGUAUUCGGAAGUCCGGUUGUUAUUGAGUUACGUGAGGGAAGCGCAUGGUCAUGAGUUUCGGCUUGUUGCGUUAAGUGGACUUCUUGAUACCGCUGAGAGACCGGGGGUGCCACAAAAAGAGACUAACAUGCAAACAACUAGAGUUAUUAGGCAUGGUUGGCGCGCGUCCGAAGAAGAUAAAGGGGAGGGAGUAGUAACAGGAGAAGCCAGUGGGUUGGAGGAGCGAUCCCACAAGAAGUUCACGUUUAAGAAACGAAGCACAUCAUCCACCGGAGCACAUAGCCUCCUGGAAACGGAAGGUGGAGACGAUUCAGCAAGUCAAUCGCCGUUGUCAGUGCGCACGAGACGGUAUCAGCUCACCCCAAGACAGUCUGAACGAACCAUACCUUCUAUUUCCUCGGUGGAAAUUACACCUCACCAUAAGAUAUCGCAUUCAAAGUCUAUUCCGUCCAAAUUUCAUAUCAGCGGAAUAAUGAACUGGUUUCGCCAAAAACCCUCAUCGCAGCAUCCAUUGGGUCGAAAUGGCGGUGGUUCCGGCGAAUCUUUGCCGAUAUCCGGUAGCAUGGCCUCUCUGGCCAGACCAUAUGCAUCCAAUAUACACGUCACACGACCUGUUCAUAUGAAACGUCGCAUGGGUUUCACUUUAAAUAGGGCGAGGAAAAGGGUGGAAGACAGAUUAAAUAGAUUCGGAUUACGUAAAAUGGGAAAGAAAAGAGAUGGGAGUAUUGAAGAAACACCAGGUGGAUACAUGUCGCGUCGCGGGUCAGCGGAAGGUGGUUCAGGGGGCGGCGACUCCGAAGUGGUUGUACUGAAACGUCGCCGGUUGGUCGCCGCCGCACCACUGUAUGCUGGCCUCGCGAGAUUCAGCUUCAUGUUGGAGGCCACACAGCCCGGGGCGACACCGGAUGCUUUGUUUAUGGCCGCUUUGUUGGAUCUCCCACAUACAGUUGUUGUGGGCAGAGCGGCAAUUCUUCUGGAGUGUGCGCAAUUGGUUCACAAUUGUAACAAAGGACAGUGGCCUUACUGGCUUAAAUCAAAUCUGGGAAAACAUCCAGUGCCGUCUGGACCUUUACAAUUAAAACGGCAACGAUUAGCUGGAAAAUUGUUUUAUCAAUGGGCAGAGGCUAUCGGAAACCGAUUAGAGGAAAUGUUGGAAGAAGAUAAAAAACAUAUAGAUACGGUUAUAAACUUAGUAUCAGAUCCUGAUGGGCAAAGAGAAUUGUUGCAACAGGACGAGGAAGAAGAUUUCCUAGAUGAAGCAAGCAUUCGCCUUCCUGGAAAGACAAUUGGAGCAGAAUGUCCCAGAGCUUUAAGGAUGGUCGCUUGCGUCUUACUUUUCGAAAUCACCGCUUUCCUUCGCGAGACCUAUCAAAAUUUGCCAAAAUCCUGUCGAUCAUCGUUAAAAGAAAGGGGCCCUUGGGACCGCGUUUACAGGGCUCUUAGCAGUCAACACACAUUAAUGCCAGUCGAGGAGGCAAAUCGAAGAUGGAGUAUGGCCUUAUCAAGUAUGGGACAUUCUCAAGCAUCCGCACAAAGCUUGCAAUCGAUUGCUGGUGUAGAAACGGAACGAAAAAUCUCGUUUGUUCUGCACGAACCUGAAAAUGUAUCCGGAGGCAGCAACGUUACUUUAGCAGAAGCAAUACCAGGAGUAGUAGAGGAUAAGAAAGGUCGCCUCACGUCUCGCGGCAAAGCGGGCAUGCACCGACGCAACACGCAACAAACGCACUCCGCGUACGGCUCGUUUAAACGGCGCUCUAUUAAGUUGAGACAGAAGGACUCGAGGGAACCCGAUGAAUUUAUAAAUAGAAGAUCAGAUUCGAUACAAAGUCGAAGGAAGGUAUCAUCAUUAUCCGACAGAAGUGACACCUCGGAAGUAUAUCCGGGUACAGGCGGUACUGUCAUAAUGCCCAACGAAGUAGACAGUGGUGGAGAGGAAAGUCCUGGAGUGCUAUCUGACGACCACGAUCACCCCCCGGACAGUCCGGAUAGUAAUUCCACUGAUCUUCCAGAUAAUAACAAAGGUUAUCCUUGGCUUAAGGUAAUGGUAAAAUUUUUAAACUCUUUCAACUAUGUGUGCUGUCACCAAAAUUUCUGUCAUCCAUAUUGCUACCGUCGAAAUAUGCGUGCUACUGUCAGACUUGUGAAAUCAGUUCGAAAAAUAUACGGAGAAAAGUUUGGACCAGAAAUAAGUACAGCAACGUGUGAAGAAGGUUCUGGUGGAACAAGACGGGGCAGAACACGGCGAAAGCCAUCAGAACAUGCUACAGACAGAAUCGACCGUUCAGUCCUAGAGAGUGUGGGCAUAGCAUACAGAGCAGCUGGUGUAGAACACACUGUACCCAAUACUGAAACCCCGCCAGUUAACAAACCACCAACCAUUUCUUACCCUCCGGCUGACCCACCCGCUAUCCUGAAGUACUUAAAAACACAGGUCCGUGAUGCCUACCACACACCGUUGGCAAUGCUGGUUAAAGGUGCGACAAUAAUGAGCGAAGACAUAUUCGCUGAAAGUGCUCCAGUGGCUUGGCAGCUCUUAUUGGAAUCUGAUCGAGAAUUGAGUUCAUGUGCAGCUGCUUUAUUCAUACUGGCUGCUGUAAAAGCACCUCAUGCAGCUUCGCAGAUAAUGCACCAGGACUUGAAACAUCCUGAGCCGUCUGUGAGAAUAAACGCGAUCCUACGAUUCCAAGUAAUGUGGAAGCUUAGAUACCAAGUUUGGCCUCGAAUGGAAGAAGGGGCAUCAAUGACCUUUAAAGUGCCACCUCCGGGUAUAGAAUUCACUCUACCUUCGCCUAAAAUUGGCAUAGAAUCAUUGGCGGUAGUCGAUCCGCCGUGGAGUCCGCAAGUCAAGGAUAAAGAUAUGGAGAUGACGUUAAACCAAGAAAGACAUCGAUCACUAGUAACAGCAACUAAGACGCGUAAGAAACAGCAAACGGAAGCAAUAAAGAAAGCACUCCAACAGCGCGAUGAUAAGAAGAAAGCGGAAAGAGAAAGCUUUCUUAUCACCACAAUACCUAUCACCAGACAAGCGGCUAGAGAACCCGCUUUGGACCACGUGGCAGAUGAUCAUGUUGAACCACCAGCCGAUGAAGAGGCAGUGGAAGGUGUUCGCGGAUCUCAUCACACUCAAGUGGCUUCAGCCCUCUUCCCAUCAGUAUUGUGUUCUGCGGUGGCUGAGAUCAUAUCACUGUUGGAUGAUGCAGCCGUUUCUAGGGAUGGAUGUUCGGUUUAUGAAGUCGCUUAUCAGGUCAUAUGGGGUUGUUUAGUCGAAGACUCUGCUCUCUUCCUCCGUCACGUACUGGAGAGAUUAACACGCGACCAUCAAGAUGAAAUGUUCAAAUUGCUGAGACAUCUGAUACGCUUCAUCCCACGUUUGCCGCAGCAGGCCGCAUUCGCCCUAUAUAACUACAUUAUUGGAUAUGUCAUGUUCUAUGUGAGAACACCUCAUGAAGAUGGACAGAGGUUGAUUGGAGCUGCUUUAUCGAUAUUAUGGAUGGUUGUUCACAGCGUACAUGGUAUUAUGUUUAAGGACUUAAAGCAAAUAUUACGUAAGGAGCAAUGCGAUGCCUCUAUACUUUUAACUGCGAAUGUUCCAGCGGCAAAGAAAAUUAUCGUCCACGGUCCUUCUGACAAUGAAGGAAGCAUUCCAUCCCAAUUUCCUGUGCAGGAAGAUACUCAGUUCUGUCAGAUAUUAAGAGAAUCAUUGGACUAUUUUGGUAUACCAGAAAAAAUGCACGACGAAUACUUUCUGGUUGACUUCAAAACACGUCAAAUCCACAAUCCGCAAAGCUACGUGCGCGAUCACUACUUUUUCAAGCGCUCGCAGUACCCUCAAUUAGGGCUCGUGCACAUGGAACCCGAGGAAGCAUUCAACAAACUGCAGCAGCAAGAAUUGUUGCACAAAUUCGUUGAAAUCGGAAAAGUUUUGCUUACAUGGGCUAUCUUAAAAAAUGUCGAUAUGGUUGUGCAGAGAGUGGUAUUCUUACAUGACGAAUUAAUGAAGUUACCGUCAUUCCCGCGGAAGGCUCUAGAAGCCGAUUUGGCUUUGUACAGCCGAGGGCAUUUGGGCCCCACACUAUUGGGUCUAGAUGUGCUACAUAAAUUCAUGUGGGUACGUCUUAUAGCUCGUAUGUUUGAGGCAAUGGCUGGCAACUUUACAUCGUCCAGAGAUAUCCAUCUGUUUCUAAAUGUUCUCAAUGGUGCACUAAUGCUACAUAGUGAAGACUCACUUAUACUGAGAUACGUUAUAGCUACGUAUGUUAACGCUGCUUUUAAUUUCAAAAACAUUUUCUCCACGAAUGGAUAUCUUCUUAUUAUGCCAACCUUACUGCAAAUAUAUUCAAACUUCCAAACCAAUAAGUUGGUAACAACCACAAUAGAAUACGCGGUAAAACAGUUCUAUUUGCUGAACAGAAAACCUUUUAUUUUACAAAUGUUUGGUUCCGUAUCCGCCAUUUUGGAUACUGAUGAAGAAGCGGCUUAUGGUGAUGCCAGCAAAGUACAAUCCAGCUGUCUAUUCAACCUGUUACUAAGUCUGGAAACUCCAUCACCCGACCCCCUGCAUAUAGCAGAGCUAAUCAAAGAAGAGAAACCUCUAAAACCCAUUGACUUUUGUUACCGAGAUGAAGAAGAAAUGGUCAAUGUAUUGGAUUGCAUCAGUCUAUGUGUAAUGGUCGUCUCAUACUCUGCUGAAAGUAUGCGAGGGUAUCAAAUGCUUAUAAUAUUAGAAGCCAUUUUACCCUGUUAUGUGAAACAAAUACAACUUCCGACGUAUAACAGAGAAGGCAAAACAGAAAAGGAAAUUAUUCAACAGUUAGCUAUAGCAAUUAAAACGCUUGUUAACAAUUGUGAAGGCUUAUCCAAGUCAUACAACGGUCCAUACCGAACAUCCCCAGAACAUAAAGGCUCCUCCCAACGCGGGUGCCCUCGCAGCGCAGCUACGCCCUUCAUGACUCUAGACAUCCUCGAUGAUGAGUCCCAUUCUAGAUACGUCAGCGAUCAUUCUAGAUUGCCACCCGUCACUGAUUAUACAGGGGCUGAAGAUAGUGAAUUGGUGCGUGCAGAAUACCGUCGUCCGCGCGAUGUUUUAUUGUCACUUGUUGGUGAAUUUAUUGGGCGGGCUACAACACGGCUGUUAGAGCUGAAUGGAUCUAAGGCUAGUGGCGGGAGUGAGGGCAAGCCUGUCGAGUUAUUAGACUCCAAAUCACAUGCGCGUUUAGCAGAAAUAGCGCAUUCCCUUCUUAAAGUGUCGCCAUAUGACCCCGAAUCGAUGGGAUGUCGUGGUCUUCAAAGAUAUAUGAUGCAAGUAUUGCCAGCUGCUGAUUGGGCUGAUGAUGCACUAAGACCAGCUCUUAUUAUGAUACUGAGGAGACUUGAUAAGGUCUUCUUGAAGAUUGCCAAGAAACCUAGUAUACGGAGAAAUACUGAUUGGGAUUCUGCAGCGGUAUUAUUGAAAGGAGUUUAUGAGACAAUGAUUCGGUGCCCAUACAUCAUGCAUUGGCAACAAAUCAAAACUUUGCUCAAUACUGUUCAGGCAUUGAUAGUUUCUGAAAAUAACUGCGGCGAAAAUUUAUCAUCCGCAACAGCCGCUUUAAUGUCGCAACCCCCGCCUCCUCACUUCUGCAGUACUGUCGUUCGUCUGAUUGCUUUGCAAGUUAUAAAUACUGGGGACAGCUAUUCAUUAGAGCAAAUGUGCGGCGGAAGCGCGAUAUUUCCUUCAGCUGAGAAGACGGAGAACAUGUUGAUGAACUUAUUCAUGCCUCUGUGCUUACGUGUUGGGAGCGGCAGAAAAGACGUACCACCGCUCCGCCAAUCAGACGUGAGCUACAUAGUGUCGGUGGUGCUAAACGCACUCUGCCCCCCCGCGCCGCCCGGCCAGCUGGCCGCUGUCAACGCCAAGUUAAACGCCGCUGAUGCGAGGGUCAACUCGCUUACUUUCACUGGAAGUAGAGAUACCAGAAAUACUACUAGGCUGUCCAAUCAACUGUAUAGGAUCGCCUUUCUGGCGUUAAAAGUCCUCUGCGCGUGCUUCACGAGCGAGCUGUGCUGCGAGUGGGGGCGCAUCGCGCGCACCAUGCGCGACCUCGGGCGCCGCAACGAGGCGGCGCACCACCUGUGGGACUUCCUCGAGCACACCGUCACCUACCGCACGCCGCUCUACGUGCUGCUGCAGCCGUUCAUACUGCACAAGCUGUCCCAGCCGCCGAUCGGCGACCACGAGCGGCACAUGCAGUUCGUGGUGCGCGAGCGCGUGCGCGGCCUCAAGCUGCCGGCCGCGCGGGCGCGCGGCGCGCUGCUGGCCGAGCUCGCCAGGGAGCUGCGCACCAUGAGGGACACGCACGACCAUUAUAAGUUCGAACAAAUAGCAGAAAGCAUAGGGCAGAGCGCAGGUAAGCGGGCGUCAGAAGCGAUACCCCGCAACGUGGCGGAGAAGCAGCAGCAGCACCGGCCCUCGCUGAUCUCCAUGCUGGUGGGGCGGGCGGGCCUGCCGCGCACCCCUGACCACCCCACUGCACCACUUUCUGCUCAGAGAGAGUCAUUAUCGAGUAGCUCAACGACUAGUCAGCAUAUGCCCCCAUAUGAAUCAAACAACAAUGGGCGAAUGAGUGACAAUGGGAAUAACAUUAUCGUUGGAAGCACACAAACUGGGUCUGGAACUAAUGGAGAUCAAAAACAAAGUGUCGGCCCCGUGCAAUAUACUAACGCACAGAAGCUGAGAUUUGGUUCAUCUGUCGAGUUUAAACUUAAUACAGGGGAAACAACGCAAUCUCCAUUGUCUCCUCUAUCAAUGGGUGAUUCUUGUGGGGAAGAUGCACUAGACGAUGACAGACCAAGAUUGCAAAGGUCUCAUGGUCCUUCCAAAAAGACCUUCAAGUUUCGACGUAGCAGGAAUAGCAAGCCGGAAUGUUCGAUCCGGCUAGAAUCAGACUCUUGUUCAUCCCCGGGAGCAGACUGCACGCCGCUACGUCGCGGCCUCUUGCCCCCUGCUACUGACACCUCUUACGACAGCGAGAUCUCGCAGACCUCUUCCACUUCUGGAUAUAGGGAGAGCUACAGCCUGCAGGCAUCCAUGUCGGAGUCGCCGGGCGCGGCGCGGUCGGGCGCCGCCACGCCGCGCGCAAGCCCCGACGGUAAAACGCUCUUCCAUCUUUAAGCUGCGACUCUGUAACUUCAUCAGCGGAACGUACAGCUCUUCUCGGAGCUGCAAGUCAACAUACGUUGGUAUUGAGUGGAGAACUACGAGACGAAGAUACAUUGCUAUAAAUUUAUUAUUAGAAAUAUCAAUCUCACUCUCUAGUCUCUUACAUCUUUAGAAAUUUUCAUUGAUAUUUACUUAACAAUCUAGUCAACAAUUAAAAUAAUAAUUAAUUAUUAAAGUGAAUACAGCAGUGGAUUGUUUUUAUGUCUUCAUAUUGUUUUGAGUAAUGAAUAUUAUAAAUGUCAUUGUUAAUAUAGAGUUUUUAUU